UAAGAUGAUGGUGGUCCACAUAUUUCUUACCAAAUAUGUAAAUAGCUUUUCAGAACCUGUCACUUCACAAUCUCAGUCUAUACAGAGUGAUAGACAGUCUCAUAGUGAAGGAGAAAAUGUAGAGGUGGUGAAAGAUCUUGUGCAUCUCAACAUACACGUAAAAUGUGUUAGUAAGAAGCUGGUAUAACAGGUUCCUGUUACAAAAACUGAGCGUGCUCUGUACCAGAAAAUGUUGCAAGUUGGUGUAAAACUCAGCAAAUGCCGUAGCAAGGUUAAAAAGCAGGCAAUCAAAAUCAAGGCCCUGCAAAAUAUUACCACAAAUCUUCAAUUUUUGGAAACUCUAGACAAAAUGUCCAGCACAUCAAAAAUUUUAACUUUGCUGCAAUUCAGGGAGCAUAAAAAGGAAAAAAAAGGCCGGCGUUUCACAUUAGAGGAAAAAAUUGUAGCUUUGACUAUACUUAAACAAAGCCCAAAAGGAUACAGAUUCCUGAGGAAAAUCUUUAUCCUGCCAUCACGUCAAAUUUUAAUAAAAUUAAUUAAUAUGGCAGAUAUAAAUGCUGGCAUCAAUAAAAAUUUGAUGGCGCAAGUAAAAAAAGCCGCACAAACAAUGAAACCAGAACACAAGUUAUGUGUUGUGCUUUUCGACGAAAUGUCACUUAAACCUAAUGUGGCAUACAAUGAAAGAAAAGAUCGAGUGAGUGGGUUCGUAACCAAUGGGCAAGAGACACUUCCUGAAUAUGCCGAUCAUGCGCAGGUAUUUAUGAUAAGAGGACUCAUAAAAAAUUUCAAGCAACCUGUUGCCUACACCUUUUCUCAGUCUGCAACAAAGGGACCAGAACUGGCAAAGCAAUUAAAGGCCGUCAUCACAGAACUUCAAAGUGCUGGUCUUAAUGUGGUAACAACGGUGUGCGACCAAGGAACAAACAAUGUAAACUGCAUCAAAUACCUGUUGCAAGAGACAAGAGGUAUUCUCUUAAGGAAAUCGGAAGAACCUGUGGGAAAUAUUAUUUUAGUAAAUAACCAGUCGUUUAUAAUUACUGUAAAGAAAUAAAUAAAAUAUUAAUAAAUAGGA